AUAGCCUACUCUGUCAGGGGAAAGCUUCUAGUGUCACCGAAGAAAUUUCUGUUGCACUGAGGUGGUCUGUGAUCACUGAUAUGAUUUAAUGCAUUUGUGAUUCAUGAGCACUGAAAUUCCAAUACCUUUGUCAGAGACUAAUGCUUUAUCUUGCUUUCAUGUUAAGUCAUUCAAAUAAUCGCUACAAUUCUUUUUGUUCUGCAGAAAUUUAGAAAAUGUUGCUGCGUGUCAUAAUAUCGCCGAACAACAUAAAAAAAAUAAGUAUGCCAGAUCUCCCCAGCUCAUUACAAAGCUUAAAAGAAAUUCUACAAGAUCAACUGCAGCUGAACAAAGGAUUCAUUCUCCAAUUUGAGGACCCAGAGUUUGGAAAUGAACUCUGCAACUUAACAGCUAUUUCAGAGCUACCACCUGAGAAAGCUACCCUGAAGGUGAUUUAUGAGGCAAGCCCUGACCCUGAUGGAUCAGAUGUUCCUGACCCUGAUGGAUCAGAUGUGUCACUGUCGUCACUGGAUACAGCAUCACCUCCAAGUUCAUGUAGCUGUCCUGGUACAUCUAGACGGGUUUCUGCAUGGCCAACUCCUUUUCCGAUACCAACCUUUGCCUAUGAUGUUGAAUUGCGCCUCCAAAAAGGAAAUGAUGCCUACAAAGAGAAGGGCAUCCUGUUAGAAGCCACUAGAGACAUGAAAAGUGACAUUCUAGAUAAAAUUGCGCAAGCUGUGUUUGAGAUUACUGCAUAUCCAGAACCAAAAGAAAGAGAGUCUAUAGCAAUAGCUCUUGUCAAUAAACAUCCCUGCCUUCGUGAACCAGGAAGCGGAAAUGGGUGGAAUGGAUGGAAUAUCAGUAUUGCAUUCAAAAUUGGAAACUACCGUCAGAAGCUGCGCAAUGCAGGCUGUGAAGAAGUGAAGGUGAAUGAAAGGCGGGGAAACCAUGGAAGACCUUUCAAAAAAGCAAGAAGAGCCGAGGUCAAUUUCCUUCCUAACCACCCCGCUGGACAGAGUGAAGACUCCUUGGAAAAGGAUCGAGAUUCAAUAACCAUUGAGAUGGAAAAAAGGAAUCCUAACAUGUCAGUGGAGCUAUGGAUCGCACAUUCUCCUUGCGAAGGAAAGAAAUAGUUGAACAGGAACCCCAUGUUGUAUUGGUGAAAAACAGAUGGCCAGCUCUCUUCCUGGAGUAUCAGGUGAACUGUGAAUUUCACAGAUUAACGAUGAUUAACCUCAAGAGAACAUUCCUGGAAGCUGUUGACACACACACCCCAAGACUCCUGCAGAUGUUCAGAAACAGAAGAGCACAUUUGGGUGAAGAGAUGCAGACACUCCUUGACUCAUUGGAUAAGCAGACAUCGGACAUUUCCAUGCACAGAAAGACCGUGGCACUCCGAGGGCUUCCAUUGUUCCUGAAAGACUACGGAGCAGAGACGAUUCUAACAACACGCUUGAACACUGAUCCAGAAGCAGACUACACAAAAGGUGUGAAGAUGGCCAUCAUGACUGUGAUUGAAGAUGAUGUAGGGGCCUCCGCUUCCCCACCACACAUUGAAGAUUAUGCCAUCAUACUAGAGGAGAUUGUGGUAAUGCACAACAUCUGUGAUUUGCCAAAUGCAUUUGCACUUUUUUUUGGCCUCUUGUACUACGCUCUCAAUUUUCAGUACCCUAAAGAGUUGAAAUACACAUGUGAGGUGAUUCAGAAAGUUUUCCUUGGACUUGGUGAUGUUUGCUCAGCUAGAGUUCAGUCUUUCAAAAAUAAACUCUUGCAGUAAACAACAUGCUUACACACUGUUUAAUGGCAAUGUUUUGCAAUACCUGUUUGACAGCCACAAGUAACAUUUGCUUUGAGUGGGAAUCCUAAGUUUAUUGUAUGGAUGUUAAACCAGCAGAACAUGUGCCGUACUUUGAGUAUUUUAUUUUUCAAGUAGUUUGUCUGAAUGACUUGUGAUUUACAUUUCAAAGAAACUUUUGAGAGUUUGAAUGUUUAUUUUUUCUGUGCAAUCAAUAACUUUUGCUAACUUCAGAUACAAACCAGCAGAAGAACCUUUAAAUGCUUUUUGUGGUACAUUUGACUGUUCCCUAUUGUUCAGAUGGUCUGUCUGAAUUACCUUUUUUCAUAUUUGUCUUUGGCUACAUUAUGUUGCUACAUAAUAUUUGAAAUAUGUUGUAACUUCUAUUACAAACCAGCAGAGGAACCUUUCAGUGCUAUUUGUGGUACUUUUGACCGUUCUGUAUAAAUGGUCUGUCUGAAUGACCUUUUCUUUUUUUGAUAGUUCAUUGUUGACUACGUGCAUAACUUACAAAAGAUGCAAAUAACUCAUGUUUUCACUUUCACACUGAAAACUUUCAAUAAAACCCAGAUUAUUUGCACAAAAA